CGUGAUUGUAUCCUGUCGUCUGCUAGACACACUCACAUCCCCCUUGAUUGAUCCGCAUCAACAUUGCUUCCUGCCUUCUCAUCAUGUCGCCUACCUACUUGAAGAAACCUGCUCCUCUUCCCACGAACGAGACCGGUCACGUGACCGGCCAGAUCGACGUCAAGGGGAUCGUCUCUUCGGUCAUCGACGACGUUCGAAAGAACGGGGACGAGGCCGUCCGCCGGUACUCUGAAAAGUUCGACAAGUGGUCACCGGAAUCGUUUCGACUGUCCAAGGAACAGAUCGAAGCGAUCAUCAGCAAGGUGCCUCAGCAGACGAUCGAUGAUAUCAAAGAGGUCCAGUCAAACGUCCGAGCCUUUGCGCAGAAGCAAAAGGAGAGCUUGAAAGACUUUGAGGUGGAGAUCCGACCGGGUGUGCACCUCGGUCAGAAGAACGUACCUAUUGACGCUGUCGGCUGUUAUAUUCCCGGAGGUCGAUACCCUUUGCUCGCCUCGGCCCACAUGACAAUCUUGACUGCCAAGAUCGCGGGUGUCCCCAACGUCAUUGCUUGUACCCCGCCUAUCAACGGAGAGAUCCCCAACGCCACCGUCGCGGCGAUGUACUUUGCCGGAGCCGAUGCCAUCUACCUGUUGGGAGGUACUCAGGCCAUCGCCGCCAUGGCCAUCGGAACCGAAACUAUCCCGAAAGUCAACUUCAUUUGCGGCCCAGGUAAUGCUUUUGUCGCUACCGCCAAAGCUAUGCUGUACGGCGAGAUCGGGAUCGAUCUCUUUGCCGGCCCGACUGAGGUCUUAAUCGUAGCCGAUGAAGACGCUUCCCCGUUCAUGUGCGCCGUCGACCUCUUGUCCCAGGCAGAGCACGGUCCCGAUACCCCAGCUGUGCUCGUGACCAACUCCGAGCGGGUCGGUAAGGAGACGAUCGAGCACGUGGAGAAGAUCUUGACUACGACGAAUAUGUCCACGGCUGGGUUGGCUUCCACCUCGUGGAAAGCUUUCGGAGAGGUCGUCGUUACCGAAACCAUCGAUGAGGCGUACAAGGUGGCCGACACCUAUGCGAGCGAGCACGUUCAGAUCCUGACCAAGAGCCCGAGGGAUGCUUUGACCAAGAUGAGCAACUACGGCGCCUUGUUUUUGGGUGCAAAGACUUGUGUCUCAUACGGUGACAAGGUCAUCGGAACCAACCAUGUCUUGCCUACCAAGGGAGCUGCCCGGUAUACAGGAGGGCUUUGCGUUCAAAAGUUCCUCAAGACGUACACUUACCAAGAAAUCAAGACCGAAGAAGCGUCGGGGGCUCUGGGCAGACUCUGCGGCAGGGCCGCUAGAGCGGAAAACUUCGAAGGACACGCCAGAUCGGGUGAUCUCCGAGCUUCGCUGUUUGCCAAAGAUCAGAUCGAUUGGAUCUAUACUAGAGAAUGAGGUUCUUGUUGUAGC